AUAAACUGUUUUUUUUUAAUCACUGCUGCUGUUGAUCUCUAAGGUGAGGCCUGCACAGUAGAGCUUUGAGACUUUGAAGCUUCCUGUCCUUCAGCCUAAUGGAGAAAAUCACUGCAGUCAUCCCAGUCCAAGCGAACGUAGUCUGAGUGAUUGAAUUAAAGUACGGCUGAACGUGCUGCUCAUAAAAAAGUUCCUGCUGUGAAUAAAAGUAAAGAGUAAAAUCUCACACUCCGAGCGUCACCUCCUCCUGACAGCUUUAGUUUUUAAGCUCUCAGCUGCAGACUCACUGCUGUUUAUUUUUGGAGAGUAAAUAUAAAAACACAAUUCCAACAAGUCGGACCUGAGGUCAGCAGGUACAGUGCAGGUGUGCUGUUUCAGGAUCAGACAUUAAUGCUUGUAGAACAACAGCACUGCUGUAAAACUGCCAACAGAAAACAACCAAGAAAUGAAGCCGUCUGUUUAUUGUUGAUUAUUUAUCACUGAUGCUCGUUGGGGAAACACAAAGACAUUCAAACCCUCCUACUGUCUCCAUAGCUGUGCAAGGGAUCUUCCUUGGAUGGUGAUGCCAAUUUCUAGAGAUCUUGUUGGAUCCUAACCUGCUCUGGAGGAGGUGAGGUCCACAGCACCAGCAACCCUGAGGUUACCUGGAUAGGCCCAAAUCCACCUUUGUAAUGUAGGCCUCUGUUGUUUUACACCUGUGAGUUUACUCCAGAAGCUCACAGCAGGUAUCUGUUUCGACACAGACACAGGUGUAUGUGGGAAACUGGCAACGAGGGCAGGUAAAGGUGGGCUGGAGGCGGUCUUUGGAUACGACGGGCCCCUCUGAACUCUCUGGAUUGCCAAGAACCUGCCAGGUUUUGCCUUUGUGGACCCUUGAGAUGCUGAUGACGCUGUCCGGGGGUUAGAACUCCACCCAUGUGGUGAUGUCAUCGCUGGAUGGAGCAGCUGCAGAGCUCUGGAGAGUCAGACGGAGGGUCAGAGCUGCAGACCGAGCAGCUGAAACAUGGCAGACUCUUCAUCGUCCUCCAACAACUCUUCCUCCUCGCUGAGAGACCUCAUGCACACAGCAGCCUCACAGCUCGUGCACUGGAGAGAACCGAAGAAAUCUGCAGCGGCAUUCGGCUUCUCACUGCUGGUUCUUCUCUCCUUGGCAACACUGUCAGUCAUCAGCGUGGUGUCCUAUUUGCUCCUGGCGUGCCUCUGUGUCACAAUCACCUUCAGAGUUUAUAAAUCCGUGAUCCAGGCCGUCCAGAAGUCCGAUGAAGGUCAUCCAUUCAGGUCUCUGUUGGAGAGGGACAUUUCGGUGUCCUCAGAGUCAGUUCGGCAGCUCGCUGACCAGUUUCUGAUCCACUUGAACUGGUUCAGUAAUCAAACAAGGAGGCUGUUACUGGUGGAGGACCUGGUCGACUCCCUGAAGCUGGCAGCCGUCACCUGGGUGAUGACGUACGUUGGUGCCGUGUUCAAUGGCGUCACCAUCUUGAUCCUUGCUGACAUCAUUUUCUUCACUACACCGUUGAUCUACCAGAAGAAGAAGGCUCAGAUCGAUCGUCACGUUGAGGCUGUUCGGCUCAAACUGGAGGAAACUCUGCAGAGACUCGUCUCCGUGGACUUUGAGGUCUUCGGGAACGUGCAGGGUGUGUGCUUCAGGAUGUACACGGAGGAUCACGGGCGCAGUCUGGGGCUCAGCGGCUGGGUGAAGAACACCAGACAGGGCACUGUGAUUGGUCAGGUCCAGGGACCGUGGGAGAAAGUCAGUGACAUGAAGCACUGGCUGAAGAGCGUCGGCAGUCCGAGUUCCCGAAUUGAUCGAACCGUGUUCUCCAACGAGCGAGACAUUUCCAAAGUGGAGAUCCACGGGUUCUCGACUCGCUACUGAGCACGCUCACACACCUCAGAGGCCACCUGACCUGCAGCUGACCACAAAUCUGACAGUACUGAUUAUUGAUUGGUGACAUCACUGUUUCCAAUGUUUAUUUUGAUCAGAGAAAUAAAGUGUAAAGAUUUACUGUU